GUGCCACUGCCGCUAGGAAGGGGCAGGGGCGGUCAGAGCGUUUCCCUAAGGCUUCAGAUGAGUGCCAGCCGUUGGUUUUCGCCGCUCUGCCGUAGUUUUCCCCUGAGGUGGCUGCUGGCUGGCUUGGAUUGGUCGUCAGGCGGCGCGCGAGGCAGCCACGCGCGCUGUCCGGGAGCGGGGCAGGGAGGCCGCUAUGGCGGCGGCAGUGGCGGCCAUCGGCCGGGCGUGCGCCUCCGGUGCCUUCCGAGCGGCGUGGCGAGGGUUUGCUUCUGUGCCAGGAAAAGGGAGUUGCUGUUCAUAUUCUAGCCUGGCAUGGGCUUUCCAGACACGAUGUUCCAUCUCUUCCCCCUGGACUGUGACAGUUGAGCAAUGCAGAAAAAGCAGCUUCUUCAAUACACGGACCGCUGAUGAACUAUGGAAAGGAGCUUUGGCAGAGACUGGUGUGGGAGUAAAGAAAGGAAGAGGAAAAAGAAGGAAGAAAAAGCUAAGGAAGGAUCUCAACAGAGGCCAGGAGAUUGGCGAAGGACGUUCUGGUUUGCUUUGGCCUGGUCUUAAUGCUCCCGUGGUACAAAGUGGGGUAGUCCAGGCAGUUACCCAACGAAAAAAAGAAGAACGAGAGCGGAUUCAGUCUGAAAUUGUUCAGCAGAGAGAUACAUGGGAGAAGAAAAGAAAAAUAAAGAUUAAGAGAGAGGGAGGAUGGAGUGGAAAGUGUUGGGGAGGUGUCCUUCUGGAUCCUCCUGACCCAGGUCCUAAUGGAGAGACAUAUGAAAAUUUUGAAGCAAGAGUCAUUGAGGUGAAAAAUGUAUUUUGUAUGAAGGCAAAGGAAGGCAGAAAAAAAUCAAUACGUGCCUUAGUGGCUGUUGGAAAUGGUAAAGGAGCUGCAGGUUUUGCCAUGGGCAAAGCAAGUGACAGGAUGAAUGCUUUACGGAAAGCAAAGAAUAAAGCAAUACACUGCUUACAGUUCAUAGAGCGAUAUCAGAACCACACAAUUUACCAUGACAUUUCAGUGAAAUUUAAAAGAACAACAAUCCGCAUGAAGAAGCAAAACAAAGGGUAUGGUCUCCGUUGCCACCGAGCCAUCAUCACCAUCUGCAAACUCAUUGGCAUUGAAGACAUGUAUGCCAGGGUGUCUGGAUCCAAAAACUUGAUUAACAUUACCAGAGCUCUCUUCAAAGGCUUGACACAACAGGAGACUCACCAAGACUUAGCAAACCAGAAGAGUCUCUAUGUAGUGGAGUUCCGGGAGGAGCAGGGCCCUCUGCCCAUCGUCGUGGCACUUCCUGAGGGCACCCUCCGGGAGGAUCCCGAACCUGAAGACGAGGUUCCAGACACGAAGCUGGACUGGAAUGACGUGAAAGAAGCUCAGGGAAUGAAGAAAUCUCCCUGGGUGAAUGUCAGACGGGCAGUGUGGUAAAAGCUUCAGUCCCUCUGUCUCUUCUGGCUGGAAAUGACACUGGGAAAGCUCAGCAGAAAUGGGCAGGUUAUCUCAGCUUACAUUUCAGAGGAGGGCACCAGUAGUUCUCUCAUGCCAUUCACAUUGCUGCUCUCAUCGCUGCCAUUCAGUUACACCAUUUGCUUUCCCACCAUUCUUCUGGGUGCUGUUCCAGUAGGGAAGUUCAGGUGGAAACAGACAGUGAACAUGACUUUAUCUUCAGGCAUGUGUUUACUCCGCUCCUGGAGAUGUUUAAUCAAUAGAUCUCAUGUUUUUUUUCACCAGCUCUUGGGAAACUACUGAAAAAAGAUAAUGAAAACAAUAAAGAAUCCUCAGAAAUUA